UCUCAAUCAGGAAGCGCCGUCUUUAUCGCGACACCCAUGCAGCCGAAACGCUUAAGAUUGUCCCAAUUGACCUUCCGUAGUUAGUAUCUACGGUUCGCGGAAUCAACAGGAAGCGACCGCCCAACGGCAUUUCGCACGUUACAACUACAGCUAAGAAUUCCAAUUGUUCAUUGGCUGCCAAAACUAACUUUCACUAAAGAUACAUUAUAUGAAGCUUAACGGUGAUUGUGUUGUGUUUCCGAUGAUGGCUUAUCGCAGGAGUUGGAACCAAGCUUUAACUCUGAUUCUUAACUAGUGCGGUAAGCUAGUUAGCUAACGAUAAUGCUGACAUUUCAAGCCACUCGCAACAUUGGGUUUUGCUUGGUGGAAGUAAACCAACGAUAAAUGUGGACCGACCAACAUACGCGCAAGACUGUUUUAUCGCUACCUGCACUGAAAACUACGUGAACGACCCCACUUUAAGAGACCGCCGUUAGCGCUGCUCAUCCUCUGCCCAGUCUCAUCCAGUCGGAAGUCAUUUGUGUUUCCACGUUAAUUCGAUUUAAACGUCUUUGCCAUAAUGGCCGAAACAAUAGUAACGUUUCAAUCUCAACUCUCUGGCGUGAUGGAAACGGUCUUCAAAGCUGCCAUGUAUGAGAUCACGCGGCUGGUGGAGGACAGUUUUUUGGAAGAGGUGACGAGGUGCAGGGAGCAGGUUGAGUCCCUGAAGAGGCGACUAAAGUGGUCGGAGAGUCGCCGUAAAGACCGAGAGGGAGACCGGAGGGGGACAUGUCUCGACUGUGGAAGAGUAGGGGUGUCCGAUGAGGACAAUCCCAUCGCGACAGAGAAAAGUCUUAAACAGGAGAGCGUGUUGCAAGAGGUGAAUGACUCCCAAAGCACCGACGGGGGGGCGCCUUGUCGUGCAGCGGAAGAGACAAGACCAGAGGCCCACAGGGCCAUGAUGGCAUCACAGUCUCCAGGUGUACAGGGUGGCAAGCUGAAUAGGCUGCCCAAGGAGGAAGCUCUUCAGAUCACACCAGAAACUGAGUCCCAAGAGAGAUGGGGAGUCAAUUUGGAUGGUUGGUCUCAUAAAACAGAGGCAUCAGCUCUUCCGGGGCCCAGUAAACGUUUCAUUGACCAGAAAAUCCCAAAGAGUAAUUUGAAUUGGGAAGCUGGCUAUGGCCAGAGGCCAAACUCAGGCCAAGAUGAACACUCAGGUGACCCAUCCCAACCCCUUUUCCAGAGCAGGUAUGGUAUGGAAGAAUUGGGCGGCUUUGGCAAGACUGGCUAUGGAGACUCCCAUAUGAUAGACAUGGAUAACUUGGAUGGGUUGCAAGGAUCACCAUCCCAACUGGGUGAGGAUCUUAGCUACAUGGGGCAUUACGAGGGAGAUCUGGAAGCACCAGAAGGAGCCGAGCAUCAAGAUUAUCAAACAGGUGCUUCACGAAAUAGAGUGGCUGCGGUCGGUUCACCUGCCGGCUCUCCCACUAGGACAAACAUUGAUGUCAGCGGAGAGCUCAGCUGUUUAUUGAUCAAUGAAGAAGGGUAUCUACAGGACCCAAGUAUGUUGUACCCUGAAAAUGUGUCUGGCGAUCCUGGCGGCAGGGAGAACUUCAGGGGCCCGGGCAUUCGCGGUGACCCUUCUUUAGACAGCACGGAGGACAUGUAUAGACAGUCAGAUGCGUACAAUGACACCUUAAACCUGGGAGAGAGGCUUCAGCAUCCGGCAGCGGGGAGAGGGGGGAGGAGACAAAACUGUAACCAGUGCUCCAUGUCGUUCCCUGAUUCAGCCUCACUAAAGGCCCACAAGCAGACACAUAAGAGCACCGGACAAGUGCCACCGUACUCCUGCACCCAGUGCGGAAAGACUUUCACGCAAGCCUGCAACCUCAAAGUCCACCAGAGGAUCCAUUCGGGGCAGGGGCUUCACCUCUGCAGCCAUUGUGGGAAAGGUUUCUCUUCUUUCUCUGACCUAAAGACACAUAAGUGUGGCCAAACAGGUGACAAACCGUACUGCUGCACUGUAUGCGGGAACAAGUUCAGUCGUCUCUGGAAUCUUAAGUUGCACCGGAGAAUUCACACUCAAGAAAAACCUCAUCGGUGCACUAUGUGUGAUAAGAGCUUCACAAGGGCGGAUAUAUUGAAAGUUCACCAGCGUACCCACACGGGGGAAAGACCAUACUGCUGCACUGUCUGUGGACUCAGCUUCAAGCGCCUGGAUCAUCUGAAAUCGCAUCAACGCAAACACAUGACAGAUCUAUGAAGCUAGGAACGUUUUGGGGGAGUUUUGGAUAAAAACCUUUUAACGUUUUAAUUCCUUAUUCUUCAGUGUUACUUUUCUUCUCUUCAAACAAAUCAUUUCUUGUUUGUUUCUAUUUAUAUAAGAAAAAGAUGCUACACAAUUCUCCCUGUCUUGGUGAGCACAUUUCACAUUUUUAAUAAAGUUCAAAAAAGUA